AUGGCUUCGGCAGAGAAUCCAAGCGUUGCGGAAAAAAGAGCAAAAUUAAAAGGAUAUAAAUCAAGACUUGCUAAACUUUCGAAGGGUAUGAGUUUACGCUUGAAUGAGAAAGACAGUAUCUCAUAUGUGCGUGAUUUAAGGGAAGAAAUAAAUGAGUGCUGGAAGGAAUUCGAAAAUGAGCAUGACAAUCUAGAAAUAUUCUCACCUGAAGAACGAUAUGAAAUUAAACGCUCACGCGACGUCACAAAGGCAGAAUUGGAGUCAUUAUUAGUACGAGUUCAAGCAUAUAUUGCUUCAAAUAAAGAUAGUUCGGCAACUUCAGUGAGUGAAAAUGGAGGAAGCGGAUUAACAGAAAUCUCAAGAUCAUCCUCGAAGAGAAGACGUCAACUUGCACAGCUAAAAUUGGAUCAGACAAAAAAACGUCACGAGCUGCAGAGAAAAAUGCAAGAGUUGAAUAUUCAACAGACAGAAUUGCAGCGAGAACUUGAACUGCAAUCAGCUCAAGACCAGUUAGCGAGGUCCGAGUUGGAUGAUGAAAGCGACUCUGGUUCGAGCCCGAGCGAACGCGUCCAAGAAUCCGUUUUGCCUGAAAAGGCAUUAAGCUCACAGGAAAAGGUGCAGGAGUACGUCGAUCAACUCGCACAGACGAAGUUAGCUACAGAGACGGAGCCACUUGUACAGAGACCUUUUUGUGAUGCAGAACUUUUCCAAGGACUUAAAGCAAUGACCGUUAGUGUGCAGGAGAGUCUCAACCUGCCAAAACCUGAACUGUUUACAUUUAAUGGAAACCCGUCGGAUUAUGGUAAAUUCAUCUGUAAUUUUGAGACAAAUAUAGAAUCAAGGGUAAAUGACAAUAGGUUAAAACUAAGCUAUCUAAUUCAGUUUUGUCAAGGUGACGCUAAGCGUAGUAUUGAGGAUUGUGUUGUGUUGCCGACCGAGGAGGGAUUCGAACGAGCGAAAUCGAUUUUAGAAUCUAGGUAUGGUAAGCCACAUUUAGUUGCAAGAUCACAUGUAGAGAAAUUAAUCAAUGGCAACAGUAUAAGAAAUAAUGACAUUAAGGGUCUCAUGAAUCUGUCUCUUGACAUGGAAAAAUGUCAGAUCAAUUUAUCACAAGUAGGGUUCAUGUCGGAUCUUAAUAACACUGAAAAUCUAAGAAAAAUUGUUCGCAGAUUACCUUUUAAUAUUAGGUCGAAAUGGGUCGAGCGAGCAAGCCGCUUAAUUGAGCAGGGAAUCGAACCAUCAUUUGAUGAUCUUCUUACCUUUGUAAAAGAGAGGGCCACAGUUGCAAAUACUAUGUACGGCCAUGACCUGCAUUAUGAGUCAAAAUCUGUUCAAGUUAGGAAACCUCAAAUGACCUCUCCCCCGCGCGAGAAAUUUGUAACUCUAUCCACUAGCUCUAGCAAUAAAUUUCUAGGUAACGGUCUACCACAGAAACGCUCUGCGUGUUUAUCUUGUGUAUACUGCAGAGAGGGUCAUAAACUCAUUGAUUGUCCGAAGUUUAAAUUGAUUGACCUUAAGGAAAAGUUGAAUGUUGUCAGAAUGCACAAAAUGUGCGAGAACUGUCUAAACUUUAAACACUCUGCUAAAUUCUGUCGCAAAAAUAGUCUUUGUGAAGUUUCGGGUUGCAAAGAGAAGCAUCAUACUAUGUUGCAUGAUGAAAUUAGGCAUGUUGAAUAUAAUAAUGGACAGAGUAAUUGCUGUAAUGUUUCACAGUUAGGUAGUAAACGUAAUCGGGUGAGUUUACGGAUCGUCCCUGUAGUAGUACAAAAUGGUAACAAACAGGUGAAAACGUACGCCUUGCUCGACGAAGGUAGUGACGUAACACUCUGCAGUGAUGAGCUUGUUAGGAAAUUGGGAGCCGUAGGUAUACGCCGUGAGUUUACUAUUACAACAGUAAAUCAGUCUACUGAAAGGAAAAGGGGCUUAGAAGUACAGUUUAAGGUAAGUUCUUUAGAUAAAAGGGAAACCUUAGAUUUAAAUAAAGUAUGGUCAGUGCGUAAAAUGCCCAUAUCUCUGGAUUCAUUGCCCGAUCGUAGAGAGGUAAGUAAGUGGAGACAUUUAGAUGGUAUUGACUUACCGCAGAUAAGCGAAGGGCAAGUUGAACUAUUGAUAGGUAGUGAUGUACCUGAAGCCUUCUGGGUAGAGGAAGAAAGGCGAGGAAGAAGAGGCGAGCCUUAUGCUAUACGAUCGCUCUUGGGGUGGAGCAUUAUAGGACCCGCAGGUAAGAGUACACUGCAAACGGCUGUCAAUGUAAAUUUUCAGCAAAGCCUGAGCGUGCAUGACCAGAUUGAUAAACUAUGGAAUACCGAUUUUCCGGACAUGAAACUUGAUAGUGGUGUAGGCAUGUCGCAAGAAGACCGCCGUGCACGCUCAUUGAUGGAAAAUUCGAUUACUCUUGAAAAUGGUCACUACAAGUUAGGUCUCCCAUGGCGGGACAAGGGUGUUCAUUUACCAAACAAUAAAUCAAUGGCUCUCAAACGAUUCGAUCAUUUAAAGAGAAAACUUGGUAAAAACGAGGAGUUAUACACCCUUUACAAGAACACUAUGGAAGGCUAUAUUGAACAGGGUUAUGCUGAACGGUUACUUGAGACUGGUCUAAACGAUGAUAGGCGCGUGUGGUACCUUCCUCAUCACCCUGUGAUAAAUCCAAAGAAACCUAAUAAGGUAAGAAUUGUUUUCGAUUGUGCAGCAAAGUUUAGGGGCACUUCCUUGAACGAUAACUUGCUGCAAGGUCCCGAUUAUAUGAAUAGCAUAGUCGGGGUACUUAUGCGUUUUAGGCAGAAACCUGUAGCCUUAGUGGCCGAUAUUGAGGCAAUGUUUCAUCAGGUAAAGGUCAAAGACAGUGAUAAAGAUGCGCUGAGGUUUCUAUGGUGGCCGAAUGGGGACAUUAGUAAAGAACCGAUAGAAUACUGUAUGAACGUGCACCUAUUCGGAGCUACCUCGUCACCUAGCUGUGCUGCAUUUAGCCUGAAACGUACAGCUAGAGAUAACUCUCACGCAUUCAGUGAUGAAACCGUCGGUACCAUAGAACGUAAUUUCUACGUCGAUGAUCUUUUGAAGUCGGUAUCUGACGAAAAGGUAGGUAUUAAACUUGCCCGUGAACUUAGGGAAAUUCUCUCUUUAGGCGGAUUUAGAUUAACCAAGUGGGUUUCUAAUAGCCCAGAUGUAUUAAGUUCGAUACCCGAGACGGAAAGGGCUGAAUCUACUACCAGACUUGACAUUGAAAUAGAUGCAGCGCUUGAGAAGACACUUGGGCUACAAUGGUAUGUAGAAAGAGACUGCUUCGUUUUUGAUGUCAAUUUGCAAGACAAGGGUUAUACAAGAAGAGGUAUAUUGUCUGUAGCAAGUUCGUUAUAUGACCCAUUGGGAUUGGUCGCACCUGUUACUCUGAUACCAAAAUUAGUAUUACAGAAUGCUUGCAGACAAAGAUUAGGCUGGGACGAAAAGAUAUCUGAAGCUGAUGCAGAAUGCUGGUCCCACUGGCUAGCCAGUCUGUCGGAAUUGUCAAAGGUGAGUAUUGAGAGAUGUCUAGAACCGAUUGCGUUAGAUAGACAUUCUACUAAGACUGAGCUUCAUAUAUUUAGCGAUGCAUCGGAAAAGGCGUACGGCUCAGCAGCAUAUUUAAAGGUGUACGAUGCAUCUGGCAACAUCAAAUGUAGUUUGAUUAUAGGGAAAUCCAGGCUUGCUCCAAUCAAGACACUGUCCAUACCGAGGCUCGAGUUGGCUGCAGCGGUGCUGGCAGUCAAGUUGUAUCAACUCGUGACUCAAGAACUGGACAUAGAAAUUCAUGACACCAUUUUCUGGACAGACUCUAUGAUCGUACUAGGCUACAUAAAUAAUGUCAAGAAGCGUUUUAAGACGUUUGUGGCGAAUAGACUGUCAUAUAUACAUGAUGUUACGACGCCAAAGGAUUGGAGGUAUGUACCGUCAAAGUUAAAUCCUGCCGAUCUUGCCUCUAGAGGAUUUUAUCCUUAUGAUACGGAUAAACUGUCAUUCUGGUUAAAUGGCCCAAACUUUAUAUUGAAGGACCGAAUUAGUUGGCCAGAAAUUGUUACGAACCUUCCUGUUUCUGAUGGUGAUAUCGAUGUGAAACCGGAAGUAAAUGUCAAUCUAUCACAAGGUAAGGCAGAAAUGGUAUACACAGCAGAGAAGCGUGGCCGUCAACGACCUUGUACUUGUAUGCAACGAGCCUUCGUUGCGGGGUCAGUGGCCUUUAGGCCUCGUUCUUGA